UGUACCCUCAUAGCUACAGGCAGCCUUACGAGCCGCUCUUUGAGGUGUGUGUUGGAGUGUGUUGCAUUUGUGGCGAACAGGUGUUUGUUGUUAUAGCGUUGUUACAGGCGCCGUUUUCUGUAGAGUAUGAAGGUGCCACCGCUGAACUUGACUCCAGAUAUAAACCGUGUGGGAAUGGCGCUGCCGUUCAGUCCUGACUUGCUGUGGCGGUACCCACUGUCACUGCCUCAGUCCGCGUCGCCUUCGUCCCCGAUGCUCGACGUCAAGAACCAGAUGCCCACACACCUCGCUGUGGACCCACGCAUGUGGUCCCGUGAUGAUGUGACAUCAUUCCUUCGGUGGUUUGAGCGUGAGUUUGAACUGCCAACCAUCGAUCUCUCCAAGUUCUGCAUGAAUGGAAAGGCAUUAUGCAUGCUGACAAAAUCAGACUUGGCAGACCGUGCACCAGGAGCUGGGGAUAUCCUGCACAACACUCUUCAGUUCCUCUUGCGUGAUGCCCCACAGGUGCCUCAAUCCCCGAUCACGCCUCAUCACCCACUACUCUCCCCUUCUCCCCUCACUUCUUCACCUGUACAGCCAUGGUCUUUAAUGAGCCCGGACAUCCACAGCUUUACCCACUUGCUGCACCAGGGUGGCUCUGUUACACUAAGUCCUGCACCAUCAGAGCAGAGUGGAGGGUCGCCCCGCCAUCCUGACACAGCCUCUUCAACCUCCUCUACCUCUACAGCAGCCUACCACCAUUCCUCUGCUGCCUCCACAGGGUCUGCUCAUUCUGGCAGUCAGUCAGACUCCGAAGACUCGACACGAGAUUCUUCAUCGCCCCAGCGGUCUCCCCUGCCACCAAAUAAUGCCACUGCUGUGUCGGCAUUCCCUGCCCAUGCUCUAGCCUCUCUUAAGCACCUCACUGAGUGUCGGCGAGCUGUUGCUGCUGCUGCAGCCGUUAACUCCGUUGUUAACUCACACCAGGAGGGGCUACAGCAACAUCAACAUUCACAUCAGCUUCAUCAUCAGCAUCAACAUCAUUCACAGCCACCAUUACCACCACUACAACCUCAGGGCCAAACUGGACCGAGUGAAGAGCCUGUUGAGACUGGCACUAAUGGGCGCCUUCUUUGGGAUUUCCUACAGCAACUGUUGAACGAUCCACAACAGCGGUAUUCUCGUUACAUUGCGUGGAAAAACCGUGAUACUGGGGUAUUCAAAAUUGUGGACCCACCAGGAUUGGCACGUCUAUGGGGAAUACAGAAAAAUCACUUGAGCAUGAAUUAUGACAAGAUGUCCCGUGCUCUGCGGUAUUACUACCGUGUCAAUAUUCUCCGCAAGGUUCAGGGUGAGCGUCAUUGUUACCAGUUCCUCCGUAACCCCUCAGAACUGAAGAGUAUCAAGAAUAUCAGUAUGUUGCGUUCUACUCCUCUUCAGUCCCCACGCUCCAAGGAUACCCCAGCUCCUGUACAACCUGCUCCAAUGGAGGAGGAGGAAGGCCCCACAGAUCUCUCCAUGUCAUCCAUUCAUCAUCAGUAUCAUGCCCCUGCACCUGCUCCCAUGGACACCCAUCCCCAAAACUUAAAUUGUGAGCCCCACAACCUGUCUGUCACAGUCAAGACCGAAGAGUACCUGGAACAUAGCUAUGAAUAACCGCCCAAUACUAGAAAUUCUUGGUCCUACUUGACCUGCCCAACCUGACCUAACUCGAUGCUACCAUGAUGGGUCACUCCUGCCAUGAGGCGUAGGGUCAGGUCUGCUGCCCUCGGCCCAUGCCUCCCACCUGCCGUUGCUGCUGUGAGGGUGGCUCUGGUGGUGGUGGUACUGGGCUGUUGUGGCUGUGAGGGUGGUGCAAAUGCAUCACCCAGGGCAUUGGUGGAGCUUGGUCAUCUUAUGGCGAAAUGUAGCGCUCUGAGACCACUGAGGGUGGCCGCCCUCUCAAGAGAAGGGCUGCUGGCCACCAGCUCCGUGCCUUGCUCAGGUGGGCAGAUUGGUGAGAGCUGCAAUGGCACCUUCACUGUCUGCUCGCUGCCUACACUGUGGCUUGCUGUGAUAACAGAUGUACACUCCCUCUUUAAAUCCUAAACUCCAGGCUAGAACUCAGUCUAACUGCCAUUCAACUCCCCACAUGUACAAAGGCAUCUAAGCUGUAAGAUUUUGUCCAGUAGUGUUGAUAUCAUUGGCACUCUGGCAUCUUCUCUUUGGUGUGCGCCGAGCACGAGGAUGGAGCAAGAUUUGGGCUCCCUUGGGGCUGGAGCUUCUUGAAUGUACAGUACCUGGCUUGUAUAACGUACAAUAUUGUAUGUAGUGUCACCUUCUCUCAUUGCUAUUGUGAUAUACCACCAUUCCAAACUCAACGUAGGCUUGGUUAUUCAAGCAACAGUGUGCAUGUCGGUAGAUUGGCCAGGACUUUAAACGUUAUUCUCCCAGAGAAUGGGUGUGAAGGUCCUUGGCCACCAUUGGGAAGUAAAAUUGCCAGAUAUCAAUAGAAGCGCUCCCGUCCCGUGCCGACCACUUCCCCAGAGAUAUGUGUAGACUUCAUGUGUUAUGUGAUUUUUGUCUUUCAAUCAAUUGAUCACUUAUGAUUUUUACAUGUUUUUAGAAAACCAAGAUUACAAACUAUACACCUCACAUGUUCUUUACUACACUAUAUGCAUAUAGAUAUAUAUUAUAACUGUAUAAAGUUGUAUUUAUAAAAUAAACUUGUUUUGUACAUACAAAGUGUC